AUGGCCGUUCUGUGAAAGAGAUUGGGGAAUUCAAUUCAUUGGAAGUAGUGCAGAAAAUCGAGAACUGACAGAAAGGAAUACCGCGGACGACAUUUGAAGACAUAUCGUUUACUAUUAUACAAGCUAGCUAGGGCAUAAACAUUUAUGCGCAAAAAUAACAAAUCCGUCUCGUGUGUUAUAUAUUUACAGAAGGUCAGUCUGUCAGCCCGUCUAGUUUUCUUCCAUUCACAUUCAUUGACUUCACCAACUCACUGCUGAAUUGUCACAGAUUAUCAGCACGCAAUACGGUAGCUCCUUUUGAUCUUAAGUCAUGGAUGACAAUGAGGGGUCAGAACCUGAGGACAUCCCAAUUGUAGGUUUUCUGGAAGAUAUGGGAAUUGACAAACCUCGUUGGACUCCUGUGAUUGGCCCAGCAAAGAAAGAAGAUGACAAGCCCGAACUUCAACAUGUACUGAAAGUUCGCAUGUCCAAAGGUGGUGACAGUGGUGACAUGAGUCGUUCCGUGUGGGUCGAAGAGGAUGCCCCGCCUUCGAGAAAUUUUGAGGACGCCAGAUCUAAGUGGGACUUCCAGCCGGGCCGCGCUGCUCGCAACGGAGAUGCUCCCGGACUGAGGUCACCCUCCCCUCGACAGAAGAAAGGUGCCGGUGGGCGGAGUGCACGUAACCCACGUGGAGAAGACAGCUUUGCCGAAGACGGCGGGCGUUCGCCGCAGGCUUACAGGCAGUCACAGGUUUAUGAGUACGAACACGCACGAGGAAAGCAGAGAAUGCCACCAGCUGAGGAAGAAGGAAGAUUUAGGAAAGACGUACACGUGCCGAGGAGGGUUAGGGACGACUCCCCACGUGAAAGACGUCACAAGAGUAGAGAACCGAGGUUGUCACCACUGCCCGUCAGGAAGAGAGAACGUAGUAAUUCACCUGACAGGUACAGGAGGGCCCGAUGGGAACACAGUCCGUCACCAGUGAGAAUGGCCCGCCGCUCUGUCUCUCUCUCGCCGCCGCCCAGGAGCCGGCACAGGUCGCGUUCUCCGCCUCUGCCCCCCAGGAGGCGCGGUGGAAGUCACGAGUGGAGCCCGUCACCGCCUCCACCUCCUCCUCAUCACCGCCGCCCCCUGCCGAGCCACUAUCCGCCCCGGGACUCGGGCGACCGAGAUGUGCACCACGUACGGGACUGGAGGUCGCCACCACCCGCCCCGUCUGUCUACGAAGGAGCCCACGGCUCUCACCAGGUGCAGCAUUCGUCAGCAUCCGGUUUCAACGUAAUGCCUCCUGUUCAACAAUCUGUUUACGGAGAGAGUGGAUACAACUCUGUCUCAGCUCCUACAUCGUACUCAGAUUCUGGUGGUUAUCACGGCAAUUACCAGUCUCAGGAGUAUGGCACCUAUGAGUACUAUCAGCAGCAGGGAACAGGCACAUCGUACCCAUCCCACGCACAAGGGGAGUACAGCACAUCUGGGCAAGCAGCAGGACAGUCUUGGCAAAACAGUUCCUUGUCUACCAUGUAUUCUGAAGCGGCGCCAGCACCAGGUUCUGGUGGAGACGGCGGUACAUCGACAGCAGGUUCACACUCCGUGUCUGUCACGAAUCAAAAGAGUGAUGAUGCCAAAAAAGAAGCUGCCAUUCAGAAUGAGUUACUUCAGCAGAAGCAGACACUCGCCCUCCAGAGAGACGAAUAUGUACGUAAAGCUGCAGCCCUCGUGCGAGAGCUGAACGUCCUCAAAGAGCAGGAAGAAGAGUUAGUGAGAGAAGAUUCACGCGAUAACAAGCGUUUUCUGCGUGAGAACACCAAGCUGCAGAUGGAAAUUCAGAACAGACUGACAGCUAUUAACAACGUCAUUGAUAUGUUGACUGGCAUUAUUGGUGAUCAAAACGAAGUAGCAGAUCGUACGAGUAAAAAGAGCAAGCACAGGAAAAGAUCAAAGAAGCAAGAAGACUCCGAGGAGUCUGCAGCAGACUCUGACGAAUCGGAGGCCUUGGCUGAACCCCCUAUUGCCGAAGAGAAGACGACAUCUGCAACUGUUGCUGCUUCAAUCUCCAGUCUCGGUUCUGGACAGCGCCACAAUCUGGUCUUCUAUGAUCCCGAGAUGCACUGGUGCCGUGUGUGUGACGUCUUUCCUCGGACUGCUAAGGAAUUCCUGAACCAUUUACACAGUCCUGACCACAAGCAGCAAAUAUUGGAGCGAAAACUGGUGGAUUUACCAUGGCAUAAGGUACAACAGGCAGAAGAAGUCUUGCCUACUAUUGAAGGAUUGCCAUCUAAGCGAACACCGAUAAAAGGUCUGCAAUUUUUUGUGUCAGCCACUGCUUGGUUUUGUAAGCUGUGCAGCACCUGGAUGGGCGACCUCCACUGUGCGUCAGUGCACUUGAAGGGCAAGUCACACUCAGAAAAAUAUGCCGCUUUUGUUGAGCAAAAUCCACACUGGGAAAUGGAUUGGUUGUCUGACCGAGAGAAGGCGUAUGAAGAGAAGCAGCGCAAGGGUUCUGCAAAAGAUGACCAAAAUGAAAGCAAGACAUCCAUCAGAGAUCAUUCCACCAAGAAGCAGCUGCGUGAGAGGAACUCCAGAAGGAAACGACAAAUGGCCACUGGGAAGGACAGCAAGCUGGGCUCCUCGGGCAGCAGCUCGUCCAGCAGUUCCUCCAGCAGCAGUUCGAGCUCGAGCAGCUCCGACGAGGAAGGGAACGAUAAGGACAAGGUGCGCAGCAUCCGCGUCACCAUGCGGAACAAAGCCAAGGCCAAAGCCCUGGCAGCUGCGGCCGCGAUGACUGCCACUUCCCAACAGCAGUCGGCAUCGAAGGCUUCGCUGCCCCAGAGCAGGUGGGACAGCCCGGAAACUGCCAAGCAGUCCUCGACGCCUGUGGUGUUGGGACGCAGUGGAUUUCAAAAGGUGGCAGGCCAGGCGGGUGCAGUGCACGUGAAGGCUGAGAGUCCAAGUGACAAGAUAUUAGAGGAAUGGAAUAGCGUGAAAGACACUGCAGUGAGUGAAGGCGACAAGCAGCUGCUGAGCCACCUGAAGGAGCGCAUCAAGCAGCGUCAGGAGGAAGAGGACAAGAUGGUCGCCAGUGCGGCCGCUGCUGCCGCCGCUGCUAUUGCAGCAGCUGUGAACGCUGAAAAGGUGAAGGAGAAGGAGGAGAGGGAACAACGUGAGAAGGAGAAGGAGAGAGGCAGAGAGAGGGAAAAGGACAAAAUCAGAGAACGUGAAAAAGAAAGAGAAGUUGCAAGCCGGAGGGAGGAACGUGGUCGUAAUGUGCAUGAAAGGGAAAGGCGGCGCAAACGGGGACGUAGCCGCAGCGAUUCACCGCCCCCGACACGCCGCGGGGAGAGGGAGCGUGAGAGGGACCGUGACAGAGACAGGGAAAAGGAAAGAGAGAGGGAAAGAGAGAGAGAAAGAGAGGAAAGGGAAAAAGAACGAGAGAAGGAUAGAAUGAGGGAGAAGGAACGGGAGAGGUCCAGGAGCGGCAAGCGAUUGUCGCCUGCCAGGAAACACCUCUCUGGGAGGAUAGACCGCGAGGAUGAAAGGUCGAGCCCCACCGUGAAGAGCAGCCCGCCGGACCGGCGGACGCCUUCCGGGAACAAGCGCGGUGACCCGUCGCACGUCGCGGCUGCGGACGACAGCGAGACGAAGUUCGAGCGAGCCACUGCUGAGUCGGCAGCAAAAUCGCGCAGCAAGGCCAAGCGGAGCGGGAGUAGCGUCGUCGGAGGCGGCAGCGGCGGCACGGGCAGUGGCAGCGCGGCCGGCAGUGCGGGAGGUGGAGGGGGGCCGAGUGCCAGUGGCGCGCAGGCGCAGGCGGCGGCCGGCUCCAAGUCCAAGCUCCCCUUCAUUGGCCGCAUGCCCAUACUCAAGAACAUUGCAGCAAAGAGGAAAGGCUCCUCUACUGACAGAGGAGAUGAUGACGGAAAACUAGAUGACAAAAAUGAUGAGACUGGAGACUCUGUACCCUUCGGCCCUCUGCCUGAGCCUCAGGACAUGGAGAUAGAUGACGAAAACUCGGGCGAACCGUCGGCACCAAUUGCAGAGAACGUGCCAGUUCCGAAACCGACUGCUUCUCAGCAGACGAGUGCAAAGGCAGGCAGAACUGUAGCCCCACCGAGCAGUUCACCGUCGAGGCCCGUGAGGAUGGAGCAGCCACCUCCACCUGCUACAAUGGAACAACCUCCGCCACCGGCAGUGUCCGUUGUAGCUGUCGAUGAGACUACACCACCCGGGCACGACCCUGUACCGCAGCAGUCUGAGGCCGCCGCAGUGCCACCGAAUAUUCGACCGAACAUUGCUCAUGGCGAGAUGGCAGUGACAGAUGCGGCUGUUUCAAAGACUGGUGCUGGUGCUGAGGGACCUCUACCUAGAGAUUUCCAGGAGGCCCUAAAUAUCUUAUUCCCUGGACAAGACGAAGGAAAAGAAGGGGAAGGCAAAGACAGUCAACAACAGCAGCAGCAGCAGCAGCAACAGCAGCAGCAGAUGCCACUCGGCAUGCACCCUCACCAGCCACCGCCGCCAUGGGGACCCCACGUGAUGCCGCCGCAGAUGGGCUACGGGCCGCCUCCGGGCCAGAUGAUGGGUCCGCCUCCCGGGAUGAUGGGACCGCCGCCCGCCAUGAUGGGACCCCCUCCGGGCAUGAUGGGCCCUCCUCCGGGACAUCCUCCAAACGUGAUGCCUCCACCUGGGAUGUACGGACCCCCGCCACCGGGGAUGGGAGGUCCUCCACCCCCCGGUGUAGGCGGCCCCCCACCCCCCGGUGUCGGCGGGCCCCCGCCCCCCGGUGUGCACGGGCCACCCCCCACUACAACCAGCCCCCAGUAUGGGCCGCCCCCCACCUCGGGCAGCCCCCAGUAUGCACCACCCCCUGCAGUGGGUCCUCCGCCCGGGCUGCCGCCAACCUCGCAGCCCCCCACAUCGCAGCCCCCUCCGACAGCAGUGCCGCCUCUGCAGCACAUGGGUGUGAGGCCCCCCGGAGCUCCCCCGACGAGUGUGCCGCCACCGUACCUGGGUCAGAUGAGCAAGGAGGACCUCGCUAUGCUCGGCAUAGAUGCCGAGGACAUGGCAGCACAGACAUUCUGAUGCAACUGGGACCUUCCCCGGCGAAGAAUGGUUGCUGCCAAACUUUUGCCGUAUGUGCUGAGGAAGUUGUCCUGAAGGCUCGAACUGAUGUAGUGUAUAAUGAAGUGUUGUUUUGUAGGUUUAUCACUAUAAAACAGCAACUAUCUCUGUUCCCAUAUCUGUCGUCUGCCGAGGGUUGUACGUCUUAACAAUUCUCUGAAAGGAAAGAGAGCAGUCAGAAUGCAUAGUGUAUGCUGUACUACUUGGCAGUUAACUUGAAACUGAGAAGAGUUGGUAGGCCUAAGAGACUAGAUUCUCGGACGUGACACAAUCAUUCAAUGAAAAUGGGUGGCAAAUUUAAUUGUUGUAGCCAAUUAUUUCUCUAAAUCUGUGCUUAAAGAUGUGUAAAAGUUGUAAAGUAUUUCUGAAAUCAUGAAUUUGACAUGGAAUUUGUGCACUUCCACUGCCAUCAAGCCUGAAGAAGUAACCUACAAUCAACAUUUGUGUAUUCUUUGAAGUUAAUGUUGUGCUACUUGUUUAUGCUUUGAUUUGAAUGUACUGGGUUUGUAGUUCCUGUGGGCAACAAUAGUAAACAAGAGAUUCACUUGUAGAAACCUGCUCCCCCAAUUCCACUCCAACCUUUUUUUUCUUUUCUUUCGUGAAAGAUAAACAUUAAACCUUCCUCUUUUCCUAAUGAAAAAAGAAGUGUGAACAGCAGGUGAGUGCUUAACAUUCAGCAGGCGAAAUUCCAUGUUCUGUUGAUACACAUGUGCAGAAGUAGGAAAAACUGUUAUGUUUGGAACUGUUGGUUCCUUUGUCAGGAAAGAAAGGAGCCUAGGUUAAAAAAGUUAGAAAGUUUGAGCAGGUCACUUGGACUGCUGUUUUAGUGGCCUACCACAGCUUCCUAAUACUUCAAAGACUAACCUUUUUCCCUCUCUGACAGACGAAGUAACAGUUCCGCAAGCUAGAUAAGUUUGUUUUCUGCUUCUAUAUGUCUCUUGGCAGUAUUUGAGGUUUCAUCUCUUGAAGAUAGGUAAUAGUAAGUCAUUCUGUCAUCGUAAUUUUACAGUUUUCUCGUGUGGAUAUUUUGAUGGCAUUAUUGAUUUAAAUCCAGCCACUUUGCUUCCAAUAUUUUGUACUGUGCAAAGGUCUGAUAAAAAGGGCAAUGUCACAUGUUUAUUUCUCAUUCUUCUUGAGAGGAUGUCGUGUUAUACGUACGCUGCAAGUAAUAAAAAAAAUUAUUUCUCUUAGUCUAAGGUAAAAAUGUGAAUCAUAAUGUUUCACAGUGACAUGAAAUGGAUGCAAUAUGACAAGCUGCAGUUCUCACCUCAUACUAAGAGGUGUACUGCUUCAAAGAUAACAAAUUCCAGCAAGAUGUAAUAUCCUGCUAGCAUUGUGUUGAAGUUAUAAGGUCGGACUACUUUGAGAAAUCAGAAAAGUUAUUACAUAAGGUAUAAGUGAUGAAAAGUCUGCUAAGAGUUGUUUCUCCAAUCUAUGAUUGGCCCAUAGGUCAGUUAAUAAAUAUGAUAAUAUUUGGUAUUGGCAAGCAGUUUCUGACUGUUUAUUGCACCACAGUGUUAUGUGGUAUAAAUAUAUUUUUAGGUACUUUAGAAUAAAUAAUAAAAUGUGUUAUUGGACAGCUGGCCCUUUGUACAUACAUUGCAUGUGUCUAGAGCUUGUUAUAUCAGACUAAAUGGUUUAUUAGAUCUGUACUGUAGGUGUAUUUAAUUUAACUCCUAGAAGGAUUUCUAUUCUACCUAUAAAGUUGAAAAUCACACUUUAUGGAAAGUGGUACAUGGGACCCAGAGAUUGUCUUUUUAUGUAAUGCCUUGAGUCCCUUGUAUAAUGUCACUGAUUAUGUUAAAUAGCCCAAAUCUCCUUUAAUAUUUCCUGUAUGGUUCUGACUGUAUCAUUUGUUUUUGGAUGUGUGAGAACAUUAUUUAGUGUGAGAAAUGUCAAACUGUUGAUAGAGACUUAUUUUCUGCUCCUGUACAUCUAAGCCAGGAGGGGAAGGAGACAAGUGAUAAAAAUCUGUAAAAGCGUAUAUUUGUGUACUUGUGUGUGGUUGGAACAGUGCAGUUCCAGGACCAGAACAUUCUUAGACAUCCUGGUUGGCCUGAUCAGUUAGUGAAAGAAUAAUUCUCAAGUAUUACAUAAUUUCUUAUUUUUAUGUUGUUUUUGUUUAUUAUCUGCCUUGUGUAGAAAUUGUCAUCUGGAACAGUAAAUCUCUAUUAUCUGUUUUAUAUGUUCUGAGUUUGAACUUUCAGUAUUUGAAUCAUUCAGAGUUAACACAAUUUCCAUUUUAUUGUAAUUAGUUGUGAUGUAACUUGACUGUCUUUUUGUUCAUCUGUAGCUUCAUAAAUAAAUUUUUUAAAUUGGAGUCAUUGUUUCAGUUAAAGAUGUUGAUGUUCCUCAAGACAGUGAUUUAAGUGUGAAAUUAAAAAAACUUGUUAAUGAUAAGUAGCCCUGUAAAGUGAUCCUUAUUUGCAAAGGAUUUGUCAGCUUUCUGCUCUUCUUCUAACAUCUCAGUGAACACACACAAGAUGGGACUAGCUGUUAAGAAGUUGGAUAAAUGAGAAGGCAGGAGGACAAUAAAGAAAGGUUUUUAUAAAAA